CCCAUAAACAUCAUCCCCCUGCAACUCAUAUUCUUACUCAUCAUAUAUUGAUUUCUCUGCAACUCAUUUAAAUCGCAACCCUUCAGUGGUCUAUAGCUACAUCUUAGCAGACCUCUGUUGGGUGCUACCUGUUUGCUUAGCUCUCUUCACAUCCAUCAGCAUUUAUUCUCUGAAUAUAAGAUUCUAAGCAAGAGUUUACACUCAUCUUCUAACUUCAUGAAGAACAUGGAGCAAGAAGCCCAAGUCACUGAGAAGCAGGGGAUCGUCACCAUUCUCGGCUCCGAUUGCGAAAGAACCAAAGCUGCCUCUCUGCGACGUACACUGUCGGCCGACAUGUCGUCCAAGAAAUGGCUGGGUCAACAUGGUUUCUUCUCUCCCAUGAAAAAGAUUGCAUCCUCUAAAGAGCUCUCCAUAUCUGUAGAGGACAGCAACUCAUCCUCCUCCGAUGAGGAUGAGGAGUGUUUCCGAAACAGGAAGGCUCAACAACAGAAGAUGUUCCAUAUAUGGACCCCCAUCGAUCAAGCUGAUCAGAUUCAGAAGAAGAAAGAGAUGGCCGAGGGACAGUUCGACAUCUGGAGCUCACUGGUGACUCAAAAGGAUGGAGCAGAAAACGAAGCAAACAAGUCGGUGGUUGCAGAAGCACCUUAUGUACAUCCUCUUGUUAAAAAACAAUCGAGCUCUUUGAAAGGAAAGAGUCUUGAAGUGUGCACUGAAAGCCUCGGCUCCGAGACUGGUUCUGAAGGCUUUGCAUCAUACCCUUUUUCAGAAAUCGGUGACAUAGUAGUCGAGCGCAAAGAGGAAGGACAAGUGGCAGAGGUUCAGCGACAACAAGAAGAUCAAGAGAAACAAGUGAGUAUACAUGCAGUUUCGCAUGUGGAAGAGUUUCGAGUUGUCAAGUACAACGCUGCUGCUGCUGCUGCUCCUGCCAAGAAAUCAGCUGCGGUGGCUCGAUCAUUUCCUCCUCCUAUCCCAUCUUUAUCGGGUACCGAUGGCGCCUCACUUCGCAUCAAGACUCACCGGGACAACGGGCGAGUGGUACUUGAAGCCGUGUCGAUACCUUCUACCAAUAACUUCCGUGCUCAACGCCAAGACGGCCGCCUUGUCCUUACUUUUGUGAGUGCUACUCCAAGCUCCUGUGAGGAGUACUCAGAGAGUGAAGAAGUUGUUGCUGAAAAGCAGAAAGAGGAAGAGUUCGAGGAGAAACUUGCCAACUUUGAGGAUAGCGACACUGAGGAUGAGGAUGAGGAGGAUGAUGAGGAUAGCAGAGAGAAGGAGGAGGAAGUUGACGUUGAGAGAAUAGUAGGAAAAGAAAGUGGAACCAAGGAAAUAGAGAUUGCGAUGGAGGAAGCACCAAAAAUGUUGGCAAGUAGGGUGACAAAUGUUCAUAGGCUAGCACUAAUGAUGAAAAAGCCGAUUGGAUUGGCUAAUAGGAGUCAUGGGUGGGCUGCUAACAAGUUUAAUCAAGUAGUUAAGUAUGGAGGGGAUGAGGAGGAGGUAACAAUGAAGCCAACCCCAUUAGCACAAUCCCUUCCACCACGGCCCGGCCGUGUGGCUCGGUUGAUACCUAAGUCACCCACCGCAGCGACCGCCACAGUCGCCACCGCAGCGUCUUUGAAUGCUUACGAGUACUACUGGCGCACCAAGCCCACAGCAGCACUCAACCGUCUUUCUCAAGCAGGUUCUCCACCGAUGAAGAGCAAGGACCCCAUGGCAAAUCAGCAACAGUUGCUGGUUCUGAGAGGCAACAAAGAGGAUCAUAUGGUUCCUUUGUCAAAGGGUUGCAAAGAGCCAAUAAGGUCUCUUUUCUUCUGGGAGCCUUACUGCAUUGCCACUUCUUGAUCAUCAUCAUAAUUCACAUCCUCUCCGAAUUAACCCUUUCAAGUGUUGAUCCGAAUCCAUUGUUACUUGUUGCUACCCAUUAUUAAUUUACGCUAUCGGUCCUCUCUAGCUCGUAAGGUUUGUGUAGUCAAUUAAUAAACAAAAUGGAAGGGAGAGACGACAACUUUGCUUUAGAGGAUCAAACAAUGAUCACAUAGAAAGAUAGCAGCAGACAUUUCAAUUAUGUGCGUGCCAUUAUUAUAAUAUGAUAUGGUUUAUAUAAAUUCCCUCUGUUGUUGUAUCUA